CCACCACCACCGCACCUCCAGCUCCCCCUCCGCAAAGGCCGCCAGCUCAAAUCCCCCCUCUACGUCCCCGCCGUCCUCCGCCCGACCGAGCGCCCCGUCCGCCACUCGCCGCCGAAAGACGGGAACAGCAGCGACGGCAGCCCGCCGAAGAGCGCGGGCGCGUCGUCGCCAGAGUCCGCAAGGGAACGGAGAGAUACCGGCGGGAGUCUCGAGAGCCAUCUCAGCCGCCCAGUUGACGACGAAUUCGAAGAGACGCUCGGCACCGUAACCGGCCCCCCCACCCGAGAUCACUGGAAGGUACGCCACAUCCCCCCCUCUCCCUCAGCAUCUAAGCUAACCACCUCACAGCCCGACCUCUCCUCCCCCACCUGCUCCCACCCCACCUGCACCACCGCCUUCUCCCUCUUCACCCGCCGCCACCACUGCCGCCGCUGCGGCCACCUCUUCUGCGCCGCCCACUCCCCCUUCGCCGUUCCGCUCGACCACCGCGCCCGCUUCCAUCCGCGCGCACCUGCGUACCGCGCCUGCGAGGACUGCUGGCGAGAGUACUGCGUGUGGGAGGCGGAGCGGAGUCGAGUGGGGAGUGAGGUGGGAAGCGAGGAGAACGACAGCGUUAGCGCGGAGGGAGAGGAUGGGAUUGCGGAUCUUGGAGCGACACAGGGCGAAGGGAAACCGCCCGGCGUGAAGAUCGGCGGGGCGAAGCCAGAGGGGCGGUUUGGGAGCUUGAGUCAGAGUUUUGGGCGGGAGUGGAGUUGGAGUACGUUUUGA